AUGCCAUCACCAAUAUCAUCAUCUCAUGAGUCUUGUCAACAACUAGGUCACCUUUCACUCCCACAACUCAAUAAGUAUCUCUUUCAACAACUCGUCACACCUGUCAAGCACCAUACCAUCAUUGAUCAGGGUCCAAUCCCUCUUUAUUGUUUGGAUGUGUGUCGUCUCCAAGACUUGGCAAAAUGCAAUGGCAUUUACCCACUCAAUUGCACAUGGUCAUACAAUAAUAUCAAGACUUACCCUGUGAUGAUGCCUGCUGCAAAGAAGGAGAAACACAUCAAGCAUCACAUGGUUGAUAGUGAGGUUGAGGAGGUCGAAGUUGAGGUUAAAAGGGUUCAACCCUUGAAGCGCCUCUUCCUGUUCCCUGGCAAGAACAUGACUUUUGUGGGACGAUUCUAA